ACACCCUCUCUCUCCGCUCCCCCCGCUCCGCACCGCUCUGGCCGCGCCCCCUCCCCGCCGGGUCUGGGGGCGGUGCUGCGGGCUGAGCCGUGCCGAGCUGAGCUGGGCUGGUCUAGGUCCGGCCGCGCUGUGCCGAGCCGUGCCGGGCCGUGCCGUGCUGGGUCCGGCAGAGCCGGGCCGAGCCGAGCAGAGCCGAGCCGUGCUGGGUCCGACUGAGUCGCGUCGUACCGGGUCCGGCCGUGCCGUGCCGAGCCCGGUCGGACCGAGCCGGGCCAGCAUGCUGCGGUACCUUCUGAAGACGCUGCUGCAGAUGAACCUGUUCGCGGACUCGCUGGCGGCCGAGAUGUCCAACUCCUCCGAGCUGCUGCUCGGCAUCAACGGCAGCGAAGCCGCGCUCGACCUCCGCAACCUCACCGCCGGCAACGGCUCCCACCCACGGCUGGAGGACUCCGCACCCCGCAUCGUGGAGCACCCCUUGGACCUGCUGGUGUCCAGGGGUGAGCCAGCCACACUGAGCUGCAGGGCAGAGGGCCGCCCGUCGCCCACCGUGGAGUGGUACAAGGACGGUGAGCGCGUGGAGACGGAUCACGAGGACCCCCGCUCCCAUCGCAUGCUGCUGCCCAGUGGCUCCCUCUUCUUCCUCCGCAUUGUUCAUGGCCGCCGCAGCAAGCCUGAUGAGGGUAUCUAUGUCUGCGUGGCCAGGAACUACCUGGGUGAAGCCACCAGCAGGAACGCCUCGCUGGAGGUGGCUGUGCUGCGGGAUGAUUUCCGGCAGUCCCCUGGGGAUGUGGUGGUGGCAGCAGGUGAGCCAGCUGUGCUGGAGUGCGUCCCGCCCCGCGGGCACCCCGAGCCCACCGUCACCUGGAAGAAGGACGGCACCCGGCUCAGCGACAAGGAUGAGCGCAUCACGAUCCGCGGUGGGAAGCUGAUGAUGGCCACCACGCGCAAAAGCGACGCCGGCAUCUAUGUCUGUGUGGCCACCAACAUGGUGGGGGAGCGGGACAGCGAGCCGGCCGAGCUGGUGGUCUUUGAGCGCCCCGCGUUCGGCAGACGGCCACAGAACCAGGCGGUGCUGGAGGACCAGGCGGCCGAGUUCCCUUGUGAAGCACUGGGGGACCCCCCACCCACCGCCCGCUGGCGCAGAGAGGAUGGUGAGCUGCCGGCGGGAAGGUGGGAGCUACUGGCUGACAACACACUGAGGAUCAGUCGGGUGCGGGCAGAGGAUGAGGGAACCUACACCUGCAUGGCCGAGAACAGCGUGGGCAGGUCGGAGGCCUCAGGCACCCUUAUUGUGCGCGUGCCCCCGCAACUCAUCACCCGGCCCCGCAACCAGACUGUGCCCCCUGGCCAGAGUGUGACCUUCCAGUGUGAGACCACAGGAAAUCCUCCACCGGCUGUGUUUUGGCAGAAGGAAGGCAGCCAGGUCCGUCCCCUCCCCACCUCCACCCCCACAGCACCCCACCGUGCACCAAAGCCUUCUGCUUCCCCUUCUGCCCAGACACUGCUGUUCCCUGGGCAGUCCCCGCCGCCUGCCAGCCGCAUUUCGGUAGCAUCCAGUGGUGCCAUGACCAUCGCCACCGUGCAGCCCGCCGACGCCGGCUAUUACCUGUGCCAAGCCAUCAGUGUGGCUGGCAGUGUCCUGGCCAAAGCGCUGCUGGAGGUGGAGGCAGCGCCCGCUGAGCCCCAACCGCCAGUGAUCCGCUGGGGCCCCGCCAACCUGACGGUGCUGCCGGUGGGGGCCACAGUGCAGCUGCCCUGCUGGGCAGAGGGUGAGCCCCCGCCCCAUGUGGGAUGGCUGAAGGAUGGGCGCACUGUGUUGGGUUCUGAGAGCCGCACCAGCCUGCUGGAGAAUGGCACUCUGCAGAUCAGCAACAUGCGGGUGACAGAUUCAGGCCAGUACGAGUGCGUGGCCACCAGUUUGAUGGGUGAGAUGCGCUGGAGCGGGUCCCUGCAGGUGCAAGGUGAUUGAUCUCUCCUCUCCCCACCAUCCUCAGAGCCUGGCAUCCUUCCAGGGCCACCCUCCACCCCACUGGUCACCAAUGUUACCAAAAGCAGUGUCACUCUGACCUGGAAAGGGAAUGAGCUAAGUGGUGGCACUGCAGUCACCUACGUUGUGGAAGCUUUCAGUGAGGCCAUGGGUGGCCCGUGGCAGACAGUAGCAGCCAAUGUGGAGGGUGAGACACACACAGUGCAAGGCCUCGUCCCCGACACCGUGUACCUCUUCCUGGUGAGGGCACUCAAUGCCCAUGGGCUCAGCGACCCCAGUGGCAUCUCAGAGCCGAUCCGCACCCAAGCAGACACCAGCCCUACGCCACAGGUGCCCCCAGAGCUGGCACGUGUGGCCGUGCACCUGCAGGAGCCCGUGGUGCUGCCGCCGGGUGCCGUGCGCCUCUCCUGGACCGUGGAGCCCCCAUCGCCCUCUGUGCAGGGAUACCAGGUGCUGUACCGGCGGCGCGGUGGGCGCUGGGAGGCGUGGGAUGUGCGGGCAGCGGGUGAACGGGGGGCUCUGCUCACGGGGCUGCGCCACGGCCAGGACUACGAGGUGAAGGUGCGGCCCUUCUACCUGCACCUCCACGGCCCCGACAGUGCCGUGCGUGCCCUGCGUAUGCCUGAGGCAGCCCCCAGUGCUCCACCGCGGGCUGUCAGCGUGGCUGGAAAUGGCACCAGUGUCCGCAUCUCCUGGCAGCCACCACCACCAGCUGAGCAGAAUGGAGUCAUCCUCGAUUACCGAAUCUGGUGCUUGGGCAAUGAGAGCCGCUUCCACAUCAAUCAGAGCGUGGAGGGGACAGUGCUAGCCACAGUGCUGCAGGGUUUGGUGCCCGGUGUCCCCUACCGUGCUGAAGUGGCUGCGGCCACAGGGGCAGGUGUGGGUGCUCACAGUGCGCCCAUCGCCAUCCGCAUCGGUGAGUGUCCCCAUGGUGAUGCAGCACCCAUGAGUGGGGAUCUCUGUUGGGCUGGUAGCCAGGGAUGGCUGCUUGGCACCGCUGGCAUCCUAUCCCAUGUGCUUGCAGCACCCCCAGUGGAGCAGGACGUGGGGUCCGUGGGAUGGGGCAGCAUGGCGGAGCACAUGGCUGCGGUGGCGAGGCGGCCGGCCUUCAUCGCUGGUGUCAGCGGUGCCCUCUGGCUCAUCCUCGCUGGGUUUGCAGCAUGGCUUUAUAGCCGCCGCCGCCGCAGGAAAGAGCUGAGCCAUUUCACAGGUAUGGAUUGCAGCCUGGGACCCCCAUCUGCUGCCCACCAUACUCACACAGGGUUUCUUGUUGCAGCCUCCUUUGCCUUUGCGCCCACGGGUGCAUCCAUGGGUGCUGUAGGGCCACGUCAUGGCCCCACCACAUCUUCACUGCCACCCCCAGCUCUGUCCACACUCACCUUCCCACACACCCCAGUACCAGCACACAGCAGCCCCAGGAAUGCUCACCCAUGGCUGGCGGAUGCGUGGCGUGGUGGUGGCCUGGAUGCCACCGAGAGAUACUACAAUGAGGCUGGCAUCUCCCGCUACAUCGCCCAGACGGAGCCCUUUGGGCCCGGGAAUGCCGAGGGGCCCAUCUACAGCAGCAUAGAGGCAGGGGGCGAGGAGCUGCGCACCUUCCACCGGCCCUGCUCACAGCAUGGCCCUGAGAUCCUGUAUGGUCACUCAGCUCCUGGGCAGCACGGUGAUCACUACCCCACUACCGUGGGGGGACACUGGCACACAUCCCUGUGCCUGCAGCCCCACGUCCCUCACCCCAAAGGGAAAAACUUGGGGAAAGCGGUACAGACGCCGGUGCUGAGCUGGACCGAGCUACUGCCCCCACCACCCUCGGCCAGUGAGCUCAGCCAGUACACUGAGGAGGAGGAGGAGAAGGAGGAAGAAGAGAUGAAUGAAGAAGAGGAUGGCAUCUUGGGGCUGGAGGAGCACUGUCCUUCCACUGAGGAUGCCCCCCGGCACACUGCCUCUUCACCUGCCACCCCGACGGGCUGCUGGGCCCCGGCUGCAACAGCCCCUAUGCCCCACGAGGACACUCGCAGCCUGCAGCGUUUCAACAGCCCCCAUUCACCCCGGAGGCCCCCACGCGGCACUGCACCCUCACCGAGCCCCCCGCUGAGCCCCUGCAGCCCAGACACAUGCAAGGGUCCCAUGCCCCGAGCCCACCGCCCCCACGGCGCAGGGAAAACACGCUCAGAAACCCCGAAGAGCCAUCCAAAGCCCAAAGGCGGCCGCUACCCUCGGGAACAGUGGACGGGAGGUGGGUUUGUGCCCGGGGGAGGCCGGGGGCUACCCGCGGCGCUCAGCCCUCGCUUUGCCCCCGCAGCAGACCUGCCGCCGCCCCCUCUGCCGCCUCCGGGCGAGGCCCCCCCUCCCAGACGGGAGACGAGCGGAGCUGAGCGCAGAGCCGCCCACCGACCGCCCCGCCAAGGUGAGCUGGGAUCCGGCCGCAGCGCCAAACCGCCGGCAGCGCCACCGACCCAGCGCCGUCCCUCCCCGGCAGGUGACGUUGUCCCCUACAGCAAACCCUCCUUCCUGGCCCGCGGCUGCUCCACCGCCGGCAGCGCCUCGUCCUGCGGCUCCACGGGCUCCCGCGGGCACGGUUCAGGGCGCAGCCCCCGCCCGGACCCCCUGGCUCCCCGCCCGCCGCAGGAGGAGCGAUGAAGCGGCGCGGGGAC